GCAUGUGAUCAUGUGUCAGCAAGCCACUCAUGCUCAAAGCAGUCAGAACCCCCUUAUAAUCAAAACAGAGACUAGCUGAAAGGCUCCCCACCACCAUAUCAACAUGGAUUGCGGAAUUGUUACAUCGAAAAUAGUAAUUUUGCUUCUAAGUUUAAUAUUUUGGGCUGCGGGGGGUGCCCUUGUCUAUGUAGGCUCUUAUGUGAUCAAGAGCUACAGCAACUUUGACAACUUCCUGCAGGAUAAGUACACGUUUAUCUCGGCAGGCAUCAUCAUACCUGUGGGAGUGGUGAUGUUCAUCAUCGGUACUGUGGGCUGCUACGCCACCCUGAGAGAAUCCAAAGUGGGCCUUAGCUUUUUCCUGCUGGUUAUCCUGGCUAUAUUUGCAGCAGAGGUCGCUGCUCUAGUGUAUGGGAUCAUCUACCAAAGAAGGAUAAAAGGGGACUUGGAGCGGUCAAUGACUGAUGUGUUCCUGAAGUAUGAUGGUCAGAACUCUGACACCCGGGCUGUGGAUUACUUGCAGUCUCAGUUGCAGUGCUGUGGAGUGCAGACCUACCUGAACUGGACCACCAACCCCUGGUUCAGCAGCAUUGACAACGCUGUGCCCGUCUCCUGUUGUAAAGGGAACAACACCGAGUGUACAGGCAAACUGGACCAGCUAGACCUGCUCAAUACCCGGGGUUGUGAGGGUAUGCUGGAACAGCUCCUUCAGGAUGUGAUGAGUUAUGCCUUGCUGGUCAUCCUUGGAUUUGCCAUCUUCAAGAUUUUCGGGACGCUCAGUGUGUGUGUGAUCACGUGUAAAGUCAGGCGAGGUGGCUACCAGUCCCUGGAUGCCUGAUCCUGUUGGCUUGAAGUAUACUUCUGAGGCUUGUCUUGCACACUCUCCUGGCCCCUGACUCCUCUCCCCUUUCUCCAGCACUGAGACUAUAGAGCCUUAGGACUUAUGUUCCCCACUCCAAGAUUUUAGCAACCUUUCAGGAACAUUCUUACAGUUUUCAUUCAGCUUUCCUAUGUAGUUGUCAGCCCACCAAACGUUGGGCAAACCACUGUCAACAUUUGAAGCAUUGGAAACCACAAGAUGCCAUUUUUUUUUUAAAGAUAGUUGCAAAUAGGAGUUACCACUCAAACUUUUAAACAAUGGAAGUUGGUUUUGUAAUUUCCUGCUGUGCAUACUGAAAAAAAUAAGAAAGGGUUUGCUCAGUGACAUAUCAGUAUUAUGGGGUACACUCCAUUUUAAAGAGGCAAUCUGGGACUCAAACAAUAACAAAACGGCUAACCAUGCAAUUGUUUUGGUAAACAGCUGAUGGAUGGUGCUGGAGAAAUGUAACCAUUCUCAAAUUCAUAGACGGAUCUAUGGAUACAAAGACUAACCAUAUAUUAGAUCAAAAUGGAUGUUUUCCUUUAAAAAAAAGAAGUGGUACAGUGUUUGUUUACAAUCACAUUGUUUACAAACAAUGGAGUAAAAAGGCUUAUAUUUUGGGUUCUGAUGGGGGUAAGACAGUUUAACUAAGCUCAUGAGGCUUUUAAGUAAUAUUUUUCAAUAAUCAAUUGCUAUAUAUCAUUAAUUUGUUGACCAAAAAUGUAUGUGCCGCUCCCAGAUUGCCCCUUUUUUUUUAAGGCUUGAAAUGUUAUGUUGAAACGGCCAAGGACGUUUUUAAGACUUCAACACAUCAGGGUAGUAGGCUCUGUUUAAUCAAGACUGGAUUGUCUUGGAUAUACAGUAUUAUUAUGUUACGGAAAGACUGUCAAGAUUAUUUGGGAAAUUAUUUGAUAAAACUAAGGGACAGUUUGAAAUGUACGAGAGGGUGGGGGGGUGUCAUAAAGAAAAUGCACCCCCCUCCACAAAGUAAAAAUAUUUUCAAAUGACCUUCCUCUUGUACUGUAAAAAAAACAAACAUUGCACACUCUGCCCACUCAUGGAGUUAACUCAAAGUAAUGUUUAUGACCACAAAUAAUAACUGUAGUGACCCUGUGUUUUAUAAGUGUGGAUAUUGACUUUGCCACUUCAGCAUGCUUUUGUGGCACUGUCGAUGCCACACAGGGCUACAGGCCUUGAAGGUUGAGUGUUUGUCGACCACCAUGGACUAGCUCCCUGCCUGUUUCAUUAGGGCUUACACUAUGAUCGGAGCCGGCUGCAGACAAUGAACAACAAGAGGAAUCAGAUUUUUUUUAAAUUUUGAUGCCAUAUUUCUCAUUAUAUUAAAAUAUAUGGAAUGAAUUUUCCACCGACAGGUUUCUGUGCCAAUGCACCACACCACCAAUAAAUAAAGCAUACCGACUUUGGGCGUUCCAGUAUCAUGGUUUGCAUUUUCAACACCACAGUAAAUACUGUCAAUCUCGACAAACAGAAAAUAAAUCCCUUCCUACCUUGUAGGCCUAUGGAGAAUCAAAAAGUUGGCUUGACAAUCUCAGAAUGUCAUUACACAUUUUGGUGUUUUGUAAUAUGUCUCUUUCCAUUUGUCAAUUGGCUGUUGCACAUUUUGGAUUAAUUGAUUUUAUUUGGCAGUAAAAAAGUGACCUGGGUUGCAAUGUGGUCCCUAUUUUCACACAACUACAUAUACACUUACAUAGAUGCAGGCAAAAGGUUAUACUUUUCACACAUUAGCCAGCUUUUUGACAUUUUUUUUUAGAAGUGUUUAUUGUUGGUAUGGCUUUGAGUUGCUGUGGUAUUUUGUUCCACUCAAUAGCACCGGUAUAUUAAAAAGUGUUCUCACCAGAUAGACUUUUAGAUUUAAAACAAUGAAUAUUAGAGUAUCCGGCUCCGGUAUUAUGCUGGUGGACAUAUCUAACAAAUGAAAAAUGUGGUACCUGGAGAAGAGUCUGUGAUAAUUGGUCCAGACUGUGGUCCCCCACAAAAUAAUCACAGCCAGCCUGCUUAAAAUGCUUGACCUCCAGAUGAGUAUGAGGGGAGGGGGGGGGGGGUUUAAGUACAAUUCUUACAAGGUUGUUUGCCACUGGAGUAGUUCACUUGCCAGAGUCUAGGGUGUCAAUUCUAUCCAAUUGGGGAAAGAUUUUCAUGCGAAUAUUCUGAAAUCUGCAUAAAAACAAUAUGAGCAUUUUCCCAACAGAGUUGUGUUUCUAUCUAUAUUGACUUGUUGCUGAUAAGUCUUUGCGUAAAUACGUAGUGCACGUAACAAAUAAAUGUUGCGGUUAAAUUCCCAUGUACCAAAAUAAAAAAACUACAAGUUAAA